CUGACCCUGUUGAAGGUUUUGUACAGGCGCUGGCAAUCUCCUCUAUAAUCUCUGUCUAAACAUUUCAGUUUGCUUGCAUGUGAUUUCUUUUCAACUUGAAGCGGUCAACUCGUGAAAAUGAAGAAAUAUUUUUGUGCUAUUUUCCAGUGGCAAACAGAAAUUGCCAAGGAAUACUUUGUUUGAUGAAUCUAACCUAAUUUCCCAUAAUUUCGCGGCAUUUUUGGUGUUGAUGAUGAUAUUAAUAGUAAUUAAGAGUAAUAACAAUAAAUUAUUGUCGUUUCUAUUUGAUUAGUUUUGGGAAUCAGGGGAUUGACUGAUAUCGAAAUAUGGCAGAUGGUAAAGUAAAUCCUUUGGAAGUUUACCAGAAGGAUCCGCGAAUUGCUUGUCAGUAUGGUGCCAAGUGCUACCAGAAAAAUUCUGUGCAUCAUCAAAAAUAUAAACAUCCACCAAUCAAGCUUCAGAAUCCAACUCCUAAAAAAACAGUCAAACUCCAGAAACGUAAGAUAAAUAUGAAAACAGUUCUACCUAAAACGAAAAUGCGAAGACUCGAUCCUCCACUGGAUCAACGAGGACCUUCACCGAUUCCGUCAUUGUCCUCAGAUGACGAAAAUGAUCCUAGGAACUUGGGUAAAAAUUUAUCUUCAUUAUCAGAAGAUGAUGAAUCAAAAGAUAAGAAAACUUUCACCGGCAUCUAUGAAUCCCCCGAAAAAACGACUUCUGCGUUAAUAAAGAGUUCACCAGAUGAUGACGAGACUGAAAAAUCUGCUGAGUCGCCUUCAUCGUCUAAAAGGGAUAUAGAAAAAAUCACGAAAUCUCCAGACUCUGAAGAAAUUAAAAAAUAUAAAAACUCAAUUCCAGAAGAUCAGAAAUUGUUGAUUAAGAAGCUUUUUCUACUGGCGAUGCCAGACGAUUUCUAUCAGUUUUAUGAAUUUUGUCGUUCGUUAGCUCCUGAUUCUCCAGGGUUGGCUCUGAGAGCUAUUGGCUUAGAACUUGUGGGUCCUUUCGAUGUUUUAUUUGGAAAGGUUGUGGCAUUUCCUGAAGGGGCCGAGGAGAAGUAUCUGAGACACUGGAGAUAUUUCUAUGAUCCUCCUGAGUUCCAGACAAUUUUGAAAGGCAAUGACAAAGAAGGGCUACAUUUUGGUUACUGGAGGGAUGAAGAUUGUAAUAUACCAGUCUUUGUAGCUAGAAAUUCGGCGAUGGUAGAAUGUAAAAUAAUACCUGUAGCAGAGACUAUUUUUGGUGCAGUUUUAGCUUUCAUUGAAGAAAAUCUGAAGAAAGCUUCGCCUUUCGAAAAAUCUUGCUUUUCUCUCCUCUUUCGUAAAGUGAAGCAAUUUGCUAAGGGUAACAACAUCAGUUUGGAGCUGAUGUCUGUGAACAUGAAAUCCAGAGAUAGGAAGUCCGUUGCGAAGACGUUUCACGGAGCUGGAAUCGUUGUGCCUUAUGACAAAAAGACCCAAGUAGGCUACAGGAUUUUGGCAGUUACUGACACUCAAUUGAAAAAAGUCUUGGAGAAAGUGCACAAGGGAGAUGAGGAUACCAAAAAAGAACAGAUGUCAAAAAUCGACGAGAUUAUAAGGCUUGCAACAAUAGCAGCUGACGAAUGUGAUUUUGGCACGCCGCUGGAACUUGCUCACGAUUUAUUUAGCAGUGGUAUUCCAGCUGUUGAGAAAAGAGCUCUACAAAUGUUCACCAUGUCCUACAGUCUCCUUCAACGUCCCCUUUUCUGCAAGAUCGCUGUAGCUCAUCUGAAGGAUCGCAAGAAAAAUUGCAAUUUGAAUGUCUUCUGAAAGAAAUGAUUAUGUAUACAUCCUCUUAACGCCAAACUUUGCUGGCGAAUAGCUGUAUUUUUCUAUUUGGCGUUUGUCGAUUAUACUUACUGGCAUAAUAAAUUGAACAUCCCCUUCA